AUGUUAUUAUUAUUUUGUCAUUCAACAAUGAAAACUCUUCAAAUUUCCAAAACUCUCAAGUUGCUUCAACACCAAAAAUUAAUUCAGACGCGUCAACUUAGCAGCGAUUCUUAUGCUCAACUAAUUUUGCAGUAUACAAUGGCCUAUGCUGAAAAUAGUUUUAUGGCCAAAACUUUUGUUUAUACGUAUCAAGGUUUUCUUUCUAAAUUUCGGGUAAUACUAGGGCGGUUUGGGUAGGAAAAAUGAAAAUAGUUUUGCGGGCAAUUUUUGCGGAUUUUAUAGGGUAACCCCCUUUGCAACGUUUUUUGCGGACGAUACUUGCGGACUUUUUUUUUGAAAAACCCCAGCAGGAGUGGGACCGGAUUUGUUCCCUUACCCUUUUUUUCAGUUUCCGCUUUUGUUUGCGGAGGGGCUAAAUCCUUGUACAAAACCGGUUGAGGGGAAACUUUCUUUCGGACAAUUUUUGCGGAUUUUUUGGGCGUAACCCUGGGCAAUGAUUUUUGCGGAUUGAACUUGCGGACUUUGUAGAACUUGCUUGACUUUGUAUUUUCGCGGUUAAACGCGGACAUAACUUGCCGACUUUUUUGAGAAAGCGCAGCAAGGGUGGGACCGGAUUUGUGCCUUCUUUUUUGAUCCUUCUUUAUUCGUCUUCCGCUUUUUAAAGGCGGAGGGGCUAAAUUCUUAUACAAAAUCGGAAAGCCAUAACGUCUUUGUUUAAACAUCACAGAUACUAUUCUAGUAUGCUUUCAUUCAGCUUUUUUGUAGAAAUUAAGAGAUUCGCAAAAUUUAACGAUAAUGUCCGCAAAAAUUGUCCGCAAAAAAAUUUGUUCCUUCUUCACAGGGAACUUUAGGUCUUGAUUUUUUCUGCCUUUCUUUUUCAAGACACCAGUAUAGCUGGGGAGACUUAUCUCUCUUAAUCCCUCUAAAUCCCUGGAUUUUCUUUUUAAAGGUUGUGGGUCUUCAGUGUCAAUCGGCAUUGAGGAUUUGAUUCUUCGGGGUAGAUCCGUGUUUUUCUGUAU